ACCUGUCCCUACACAGCACCCUUCUACAAGUGGACCCCUGCCACACAGACGUCGUGGAUCCUCUCCGAGGACCAGGUGUACUCCCUCAAAGCGGAGAGUCUUGCGGUCUCCGGCAAGUACAUCUGCAGUGCAGUCAACGGGUUCGGCCACAACGCCGCCGAAUUCAACAUCAAGGUCAUCGACAAAUUCUCCUCCAUGCUGGAGCAGAGCUGCGCCCUACUCUCGAACGGACACGCCAGUGACUCCGUGUUCAAAAUUGGUGAAAAUCUGGUGAGGUCAACUCUGGCGAAGAUGGAGGGUGCGGCAGAACUUCCAAAUCGAGGGUCUGAGCUGCUGCACCGAACAUGA